CUGUGCCUCACAGCACAAAAUGAACUAGUCUGGCAGCUAACUGUUAAAACAUAUAUUACCGUGAGCUAGCAGGCUGCACCUUCACCCGUAGCCUAAAGACACCACUCCCCUUAUCUACUUUCUCCCUCCUCCCAGGUUUUUGUCAACACACACCACUGAGGAAAUGUUUAGCUCUUACUUUUUACACCGAAUGGUGGCUUCUUGAAGCUAGUUAGUCCACUGUGAGUCUGUGUGUGUGUUUGUUAGUGGGUGAGGUUUAAGGUCUGGUGCUUACAAUUGGACCAUGCCAUGGUGGCUGUAGCAGCAUGUGGAAGGCAGCUCUUGUUUGGUACCAGCUCCUUGCUCUUGGUCAGCCCCUCUGGGCUCAGGAUGAUGCCCCAGCUGCUGCCGUAACUCCUCGGGACUGCAGUCUGGAGUGUAUACGACAGGGAGGACCUGGAUGUGAAUACUGCAGAAUAACCAGAGCUGAUCUCAAGAGGGCUCUGGGUUUUAACUCCAUCAAAGUGUUUGGAAGUUGUAUUCCCUGGCCAUGUUUUAAGUUUCUAGGGGAAGAAGACCCGAGCAUCUGUCAGCACUACGUCCAAGCACCAAAUGAUGUGAAGGUUGAGUUUGUAAAUGAGAUAAACCCCAAAUCUGACACCAUUGUUGUCUCCUGGAAGCCCAGCUACUAUGGGAUCGCCUUCCUGCGAGGCUUUCAGGUGUCCCUCCAGGCUUUGGGAGGGUCAAGUGUUGCCUGUCAGCUCUUUCUCUUCCACCGUAACCUCUCCCUCGAGGCUUCACAUGCACAAAGGGUGUACAAGUCGGACCCUUUCCCCAGCCUCUCCCUUGGGUCCCAGUAUGCUGUUACCGUCAUGGCUCUGCCAGUGCCUGAGCAGUGGGAGCGGUUCUACAACAGCAAGAUCUUCUCCACACGCUCAUGUGCAGAGAAGAAUAGUCUUGAGCAGUGCAAAAAAGACUGGUACCCCAAACAUGUUAAGGUCCAGCAGGAAGGGAGUGACAUCACUGUGACCUUUAACCUGGCCCCCCUAAAGCUGGGCAUCAGAAGCUACUUCUCCCUGUGUUACGCAAACGGAAUGAAGAAAUACACAGACAUCACACCUAAUUCCAGCAAUAACCAAACUCACCACAGCUAUCAGCUGAAAGACCUGCAAGAAGGGACCAAUUACACCUGUGAGAUUGCAGCUAACCAAGUGGAUGCAGUGAGGAAAACAUUCUAUGUUCAGGUCUUGCACAUUCAAAAAGAACAUUCCCAGCCCCUCUCUGUCACUCCCUCAUUGGCUCUGAUGCUUCCACUGGGCCUGUCUGCUGGAGUCAUACUUGUAGUCUCACUGGUUGCUCUCACCUUGAGGAGGCCCCAGCUACAGAUGAAGAAAUUUGACAUAAAACCAGAUUUCCUUGCCAUCCAUUCAGAUAUAUUCAAGGAGCAUCUAGAGAGCGGGACUCAGGAGGAAGUGAUGCCAUUGUCUAAAAACAGGCCGACCCCUCCUCGUCUUCUGAUUUGCUACAGCAGCCGUGAUGGCCCCGCUCAUGUCAAAGCCGUCAUGCAGUUAGGAGCCUUCAUACAACAGCACAUGGCCACUCAGGUGUGCCUGGACCUGUGGCAGUCUUUGAGCGUGGCUGAGGAGGGCAGUAUGGCCUGGCACUGCCGGCAGAUCCGUGAGAGCGACUUCAUCUUGGUGAUCUGUUCUCAGGGCCUCAACCACAGACCUAAGCCUCCAGAGGGAGACGACCAAGAUGACGGGGCAGACAGAGGGCUGGACUUUGGGUCCAACGCCUUCAGCUCUGACACCGCCGUCCAACUCAUUGGAGAGGAGGUGGGCCGAGCCAAAGCCAGAGGCCAGGACCUAUCCAAAUACAUGGCGGCCAUUUUUGAGUACUCUGAGGAAACUGACAUCCCCACUGAACUGACGCUGGUAUCUCAUUACAUGCUGACAAGUGACUUACAGCUGCUUUUCUCCCACCUCCAUGGGGUGGCUCUACACAGACCAGGGCAUUAUCUGAAGAUAAACCAUAUCUCAGAGGAAGGCUUUACUAAGCUACCAGCCGGAGCAGCUCUGCAGUUGGCUAUAUAUGAGGCUCAACUGGCUAUGAUGGCAAAAUGCCAUCAGUCUGUGGAGGGAGGGGACUAAA